AUGGUGUUAUUGAGGAGAAGACUCGCUUGUUGUACGUUGAACAGAGAAAUCAGCAAUAGCAUCGAUUUUGAUCAAACACCAAACGGAAUUAUGACAUACAAUGGACUUGAAAGCUGCAUUCUUAAUGCUAACUCAUGCGAGGAUGAAAGUGUUACAAGUAGAGGAGAUGAAUGUCCAACUAUUGACUCUCUUGAUGAAGAGGAUGAUUCAAGUUGUUCUUCUAGCAACAAUGCUUCAGGAGGAUCCUUUUCUUCUCAAUGGACAAUCAUGAAAAGGGAUGAACAUGAACAUGAACAUGAACAACAACCAGAUGAAUGGGAGUACUCAGAAAGUGUCACAAAAGAAAAACUGUCAAUAAAACCACAAAUCUCUGAUGUGGAAAUAAUGAAAGAAAAAUUCGCAAAGCUCUUGUUGGGUGAAGAUACCACCGGAGGGCGAAAGGGUCAUUCCUCCGCUUUGGCUCUGUCCAAUUCCAUAACAAAACUCGCUGGAAGUGUAUUUGGGGAGCUAUGGAAACUAGAGGCAUUGGGAGAAGAGAGAAAGAGCAAGUGGAGAAGAGAAAUGGAGUGGUUGCUUGCACCUACUAACUAUAUGGUUGAGUUGGUUCCCGCUAAGCAAUAUGGUGCCAAUGGCCGGACUCUAGAGAUAAUGAGACCAAAAGCUCGUGGGGACAUUCACAUGAAUCUCCCAGCACUACGGAAGUUAGACUCCAUGCUUCUUGAAACUUUAGACUCAAUGAAGCAUUCAGAAUUUUGGUAUGAGGAAGGAGGUGUCCAUCUCCAAACAGACAAAAGGAACAACAGAGGGUGGCUUCCUGUCCCACAAGUACCCGAAAAUGGGCUCUCCGAUGGUGAAAGGAAGAAGCUUCUCAAUCAGGCGAAAUUAGUCCACCAAAUUUUCAAAGCUGCCAAAUCUAUAAACGAAACCAUCUUAAUCGAAAUGCCUAUUCCAAAAAUCAUUGGAGAUGCACUUCCCAAGUCUGGAAAGGCGAGUCUUGGUGAUGAUCUUUAUAAAACACUGAAUACAAUCUCUUCUUCAGCCAUCGGGAUGCUGAAGUUGCUCAACUUAAAAUCUGAACAGGCUGCUCUUGAGACUAUUAACAGACUAGAAACAGCGAUAUAUGCUUGGAAAGAAAAAAUCUUGGAACAAACCAGUGUUGCAAAAUCACCAGCAAGAGCAAGAACAUCAUGGUCCUUAAAGGAUCCAUCAAUGGAGCUUGAUAAGAUGGAGUUCUUGAUAAACCGAGCUGAAGUUCUUUUGCAGCAAAUCAGAAUCAAAUACCCUAACCUUCCUCAAACAUUUCUUGAUGUCAUGAAAAUCCAAUAUGGCAAGGAUAUUGGACAUGCGAUUUUGGAAGCAUAUUCUCGUGUUCUUGGAAACUUGGCAUUCAACAUACUGACUAGAAUCGGAGAUAUUGCUCAACAAGAUGUAUUGAUGGAUCCCAAUUCUCCAUUAAUGGCAACAAAUGCCCUUCCAGUUCCAGGGAUAAAAAAUGUGUCAGAUACAGCCACAGGGGAAAUUCAGUUUGUUAAAAGCUGA